GUGUGGGAUCGAUUGAGCCUGCAGAAGAUAGGGAGCUGGUUGAAGAGGGAAGAAGAGGCGCCGUCACUGGAUAAGGUGGGGAGACAAGCGGAUGAGGACGACAAGGAGAAUGGGAGGCCGCAUUCGAGCGGCGAGCAUGCUUCACGGCCAGGGGGCUUGCUGCAUAGGCGAGGGAGCAGGAAGAGGAUGAACAGUGAGAAGCGGGAGAAGCUGUUGCCCGUACCCGUAGAACCUGAGCAAAGACGAGCUGCGUCGGCCGACCGAAGACUGUCCAAGAUCGCGAGUCGGACGCUUUCGCCGCCACGCAUAUCCGUUCCUUCGAUGUCCGCCCCUGACGUCCUCAGUCCUCACAAUAGUAAUAGCCAGCAAAAGCCCGAAUCGACGAUAGGCGGCGGCCGAGAUUCGAAUAUACCAGCUGGGGCACGCCAGGUGGAUUACGGCGUGGAGGAGAGCAUAGACUACCUGUCUGCAGGCGAACCGCCCCCUCUCUCCAUAGCAGGAGACUCAUACCUGGAGAGAGAUUCACAGCACUCCGGAUCUGGCAUCGAUGACCUGCAGCUGCAGGAAGAGCUCGAGGCGAAGUGGAUACUGAAUCUCAGCAUGCACUUCCGCGACCUGUCAGAUCGAGAAAAGUUUUUUAUUACCUUCGCCGAGGAGCCAAACAAGUGGCGAAGAGUCACUGUGUCCUGCGACUACCGCCAGCUCGAGCCCGAUUCGCUCGAAGCGGACCUUAAGAGCCUCCACUACCAACGAGAUAAGAGUGCGAGGAUAUACGAAGCUAUCCGCGACUCGCUACCAGACAUACAAUUCUACGACACAGUUACUAAUCUCAAACUCCAGACCUCGGACGGCCGUCUUCAUGUACAUGUCACCGAAGACGUCAACGAGAUCAUCCCAUACCCCUCGCUCUCCGCUGUAGAUCACCUCACGUGCCACAAAUUCUACGAACGAUCCGUUUGCUUCGAUUCCCAUAUUUCCGGCUUCGUGUACAAAGUUUCGGUGGGCGGCAGGACGUAUAUCAAGAAGGAGAUCCCAGGUCCAGACGCCGUCGAGGAGUUCCUCUACGAGAUCAAUGCGCUUUGCAGCUUGAAGGAUUCGAAGUCGGUCAUCAAAUUUGAGGGCAUUAUUGUGGACGAGAAGAGCGAGCUGAUUAAAGGAUUGCUGAUCAGCUAUGCGGACCAAGGUGCGCUGGUUGAUCUGAUAUACGAUUACAAGAACUCGGAUCACAUGCCGUGGGAGCGCCGCGAGAAAUGGGCAAAGCAGAUUGUGGAGGGCUUGUCGGAGAUACAUGAGGCUGGAUUCGUACAGGGAGAUUUCACGCUGUCCAACAUCGUUAUCGAUCAUUACGACGACGCGAAGAUUAUCGACAUCAACCGCCGAGGAUGCCCGGUCGGAUGGGAACCCCCAGAACUUGCACGGCUUAUCGAGAGUGGUCAACGAAUAUCUAUAUAUAUUGGGGUGAAGUCGGAUCUUUUCCAACUGGGGAUGGUAUUGUGGGCUCUGGCAGAGCAGCACGAUGAGCCGGAACGCCAGGAACGACCACUCACACGAUCGCUGAGCCGAUAUAACACAAUACCUGAGUACUUCAAGGACAUGGUACGAGUUUGCUUGAGCGACGCUCCUCGAGAACGGCCGUCAGCGAAAGACAUCCUCGCGAGAUUCCCAGAUCGAAACACGGUAGAGCAUCAGCCAGCCGUCAUGGUGGAUUCCAGGCAGAGUGUUUCAACGCAUAGGAGCGAUAAGGAGUACAUCGAUCCUGCUACGGCGGUGGACCUAGACGAUAUCUCGAAGCAUCGUCACCACUCGCGAUCCCGGUCUUCCUUUUCAAAUAUCAAUAUGCCUUCAACGGAGUACAUUGGAUCAUCUGGCUCUUAUAUCCUGCCAAACCCGGCUGAUGGUCAGGGAAGAUCACCGAGAGGUCUCAGCAGAAGCAGCGUGAAUCAACGAUCAGAGUGCUCACCCUACCCCGGACAUCGCUCCGUUAUGUCGCUUGACGAUUCGGAGCUCGAGAAUGAACUGGCCAGCCUGCCGGCAAGCCGGGAGACCAGAUGGGAGCAGGUUUAUGUGGAUGGAGACACGAAGCUUGUUCAGAGAGGCGGAGGAGAGAUUGACGUACAGGAUUUCGCGAAUCAGGACCCAAAAGAUGUCUGCAUUACCACUCCGCCUGGUGAGCUCGAAAACUCCUUCAUAGGCAGCAAGACGUCCGAUGAAACCCCUCUUUCGCUCUCAACCGUCGCGGAACUACAGUCCAUACAGCCUCAGCAGCUUUCGCAAGGUACAGACGCAGCACGAGAAUCAGGCCACAAACGAGGCAUAGGAAACAAGGCCUCCUUCAGCGACCGCGUCUAUCAGCUCGCCGAUACCUCCUCCCCCAGUAAACGCAGCUCGCAAAUCCCCAACUCCUCCACCCUCGCAGAUCUCCAGAACGAAGUCGAACUUGACUCUUCCGUCACUUCAUCUGCAGCGCCGUCGCGCGUCAGCACUGGCUUUUCGGAAUUCUUUCAUCGGCCCAUCCAUCAGGACUCUGGGUUCAGCGAGCCGGAGCGUGUCAGCUAUGAGAGCGAGCGGAUUCGGCAGAGCCUAGAGGAGAAUAUGGCGGAUAUCAAGCUGGCGAUGCAGGAGGAAGAGAGGGUUAAUGAGCGGCUGUGGGAUGAGAAAGACGGUACGUUGAUUGGGGAUGGCGUGAGAGGCGAGCAGCUCGUGAUCAAACCGGAAGCAGCGUCUUCCAUCGCGUCCACAUCGACACCAACUGCGGCCUCAUCUAUAGGUCCUAAGGAUGUAAUCCGCACGGAUGACGUGCAGGACAAAGCGCUGGAAGAGAAGGUCUCGAACACCACGAUCCGACCGCCGAGCAUCUUGAUUCCAGAGUUCCAUCACGGCAUCCCGAAACCCGUCGAUACG